AUGACUCGUUUUUGGAAAUUUAAGAUUCAUUUGACCCCAAAAGAACCCAAAGUAGGACCACUUGAUACAAAUUGUUGUGUCUCGGCAUUGGAAUUUAGUCCAGAAGGUGAUUGGCUUGCGGCAUUAUCACAGAAAAAGACGGAAUUAUACUUGAUUCCAGUAUUGACUUUAAUUGCCAAUCAACGUCGUGCUAUGCUAGCUGCUUCGUCCAAUCAAACAUCAUCCUAUUAUCCUGAAGUCCUGAAUGUAUCUCAAGCAGUCAUGACGAUUCCAAUGGCGUCCUAUCUUCGUGUAACAAAUGAAUAUGGAGGACUUCAUGGAGCACGAUAUCAUUCACAAGUUACUGGAGAUGAAGAACAAAUGAGUUUAUUAGAAUUUGCACCAGGUUUGGGUGAAAUUACGUGUCUUCGAUGGUGGCGAUCGUUUCAUGGCAAGAAUUAUUGUCUAGUUGGAAGUACCGAGAGUUUAAUUUCCAUUGUCAAUGUCGAAGAAAAUGCAGAAGAAUGUCGAUGUGAAUUGAUGAAUGCUGGAAAAAUUAUCAGUAUUGAAUUGUUACAAGAGAAAUUUAAAAAAGAACGCAGGACGUCCAUGUUAGUCAAGACGAAAAUGAAUUGUGAGGACAAACAAACAGGAAAAAAGAAUUGUGUCAAGUAUUAUCGUGUCGUCUUGGAGAAAAAAGGUCCUGUGGGAGUGUAUGGACCAUUAUCUAAGAAAGGAAAAAAGAGUGACGACGAGCAAAAGGUGGAGGACGAGAAGGACAAGGACGAGGCAACACGUACAGCGUCGACAUUAAAGAUUGCGACAACCACGGGUGGAUUAUCAUCUUCAGGUGAGACAAAAUUUACCACGGCUAAUAUUGGAAGUGGAUUAUCAAGCUCGAUCAGUCAUGUAAAAGUGCCCAAGUUUGUUGUCAAGACGUUCCCGCAGCAUUUCCUCCAAGAUCUUGAUUUUCGUCCACAACGCAUUAAGAAGAAUUCACCACACGUGUGUUUGUAUCCUAUUAACGGUGUUCUGAGCUCUGAAUCAUCGCUAGCGCUGUAUGAUUGCAAAAAGAAAACAGUCAGUCUUUAUUCCAACUUUCACUGGAGACUGAAGGGCGAGUAUGAGAUUCCUGACCUCUUGCCUUUGUCUUCCGACGACACCGACGAGCAAGAUCCGGCUCAAAGCAGCGGACUUGAUAGUGGGCAACAGGAAGAAGGGACAAAACUAGAUUUAGGUGAAGGAAAAGAUGAAGUUGUCGAUGUGGACAUGACUUACUGUUCGACCGAUCUGAUGCUGCUUCAAGGUCGUUUGUCAAAGUCUAACAAGACAGUUUCGAUGUGGGUUUCUCUUCCGUCCAACCAGGGGAUGGACGAAGACGUCGCCAGAGCACAUAUUGUGCACUAUCUUUCGUUGCAUGGGAAUGAAAAAGUCGAACGCGUGGUACAAAGCACGGCUCGAAGUCGUGGAGGUCUGCAUCGUGGUGGUAGUCAGACAGGCGAAGCUGAGAUCAUUUAUAUCCUCCAAACAAAGCACCACGUGUAUGAGUGCCGACCGCAAUGGUCUCGAUUAGCACUUUUCAAGGCGCUGUGUGCGCAAAGCAUAGCGCUUCGGGAUGCGUUGUCCAUUGGUUAUGCGCUCGGUAUUGAUAUGGCUUCUCUCUGUGAGGUUGUUGCAAACACCUUGUACACCAGUGUAAUUGACGGUAGUGCAAGUGCAAACGGACAACUUGUGCAGUGGGUGCGCGAUCUCUUUGAAGUAUCACGUGUCAUGCCAUCUAGUGCAGUCGAACAGCUGACUAGAAUGGGUGGUGUGCAGAGCGCUAUUGACUAUGCUGAGCACGUGCUUUCCAAGCCUGCAAUAUACGACAAAACAGAACGAGGACGUGUCGCUCUCAUGCUGGUAGAUCUGGCGCUUCAACAGCAACUUCAAAAAAGCACAUCAUUGAGUAUUGAAGCAGGACAAGAAUUUUGUACGCAAGAGUGGCAAGAUGAAGAAAAGGAGGCGUGGCUUGUAAACUUUUUGGAGACCAACUGUGAUUAUAUGACCGCAGAUAUUGUAGAUCUCUGUCUAUCGCAGCAUAACGUUGAUAAGGCUAUCCUUGUUGCAGCUCGACGGGACGAAGUGCCGCAGGUUCUUGAGAAGAUUGUUGACAAGGGUCUGGCCUCUUUUGUAUCCGAGCAAAUGUUGCGCUCUCUACUUGAAUCGGGUCAUGCUGCUGCCUUUACAUUUCCACCAUGUCGCUUGAUUCUGCGGUCAUUUCCAAUCGAGAUUCAAGCAGAAGUUUUGUUGGCGUACCCACCAGCUAUUCUUCAGCAUCGAGGAUGGCUGGAACGAAAUAUGCCUUUAAUCUCUUUAAAGCUUUGCCGUGAGCUUGCUGCUAAGAUUGAUCCUAUGCAGUCGGAAAACAAUGGAUGCAUAGUGGAAGAAUACUUGACAGAGAAGUAUUCUGAUGUUUCUAUGUCUGAGUUCAUUCGAGUAUCUCCAGAAGAGCAAGUUGAGCUCUACCUGACAUUGCUGCUCCGAUUGAAUUGGAAUGUUGAUAUCCCACAACGCGAAGUAAGGAGUAGUCAUGGCGAAAGUGAUGAUGCGUACUCGCAAGGUAAGCUGGAGAUGCUCAUGAAGGACUUGGCUGCCCGAUAUCGCUCACCUAUCAUGGUGGCUCGUUGUGUGGAUUACGAGAACUGGACCGCAGCUGCCUGUAUUUAUGAAGCGCACGGUGAGUUGGUAGAAGCGCUCGAGUGUCGGCUGCAUUCGCACAAUGCCCACAAUAUGCUUCCGCAUUUGACAUCAACCGGGGGGACCAUAGACGAUAGUACUCACUUUGACGAUUCGAUUGGCAGUGCCGUAUCGGAUCGAUCCAAAUUCCAUAGGCAAAUGCGCGAGGAACUGUUGGGGUUGCUGACAUCGCUAGUCGUUAGAAGUCACAGCUCGGAAGUCAUCUCGGAGCAGGUUCGCGCUGCUAUUCUUGCACGUAUUUUGGUCAAAUGGUUUGACUACGGGUUAGAACGCACAGAGCUGGAAGAUUUUCUUAUUGACCCCAAUGUAUUCGCACACGUAUCCUCUCUGAUGGCACAGAUCUUUUUUUUCGAGGUCGCACAGUCCAUUCUAGGACCCGACUUGGUCGAACUAGACUGCUGUCAAGGCUUUGAUGACCGGGACAAGGAAUGGGUGCUGAAGUGCCAGCAUCUUCCAUACUCGGGGCAAUUCCUCUUCCAAGUGUGCGUAUAUUUUUUGGAGACAAAUCACUACAGUCCAGAGAUGCUGGACUCCAGUUCACGAUCACCGAUGCUCAAGCUGCUGGAUGUUGUGAAAAACAAUGCCAUUGAAAAUGAUCUGUCGCACGGUGUGGUCGCGAUCGCUCCCCAUUCAGCGCAGGCACUUGGAAAAACGGAUCCACUAGAAACUCACGUGAAAGCAUUCACAUGCGGUCACCUCUUUCCAAAGCGCGUGUUUGAAGAAGAGGUGGUGUCGGAGUUUGAAAAGCGCAUGAACGCGCUACCAAUGCCUUUGUUUGCGACGAAACAGGCUUUCACGCGUGAGUUUAAGCGUGGCACAAGUGAGACGCCAUGCCCAGUGUGCAGUUAUAACAAAAUUAGUCAGCUCGUGCUCCAGCAGCACAAGACGACACAGCGGGAGAAGCGUGUGCAUGGACAAAAAGAUAGACCUGGCAUAAACGGUGUGUCACCGUUGCAAGGAAAGAACACUCGUCAGCAAUUGCCCUACUACUUCCUUCAUCGAGAAACAAGCGAGAGUCUAGGAUUUUUAGCUGAAAUUCAGACUUCGAAGCCCGUUAAGCAUGAAGCGUGGGAAUAA